AAUAAGCCGGUUCGCGCAUAAAAAGUGUUCUGCUUGUUUUUUUUUUGACAGAUCAUUGUUUUGGUCCAAAGUGUUCCUCGCAUUUUUUACGUAAACUUGUAAAUAUAGAGUAGAAAAUAAAUGAAAAAUGUCGCUAGAUCAAACAGUGUGUGAAGAUUUGAAGGCGUUUGAAAGGAGGCUCACAGAAGUUAUUUCCAGUUUACAACCAGCCACUCUGCGAUGGAGAAUAUUGCUGGGUUUUAUUUCUAUAUGCACUGCAGUUGGUGCUUGGCACUGGUUGAGCGAUCCAAACACAUCAGCAGUCUCGUUUACGCAAAGUCUAUAUAAUCAUCCUUUUUUUGCAAUAGCUAGCGUUAUAUUAGUAAUUCUAUUUAUGUUGGGCGUGCACAGACGAGUGAUAGCUCCAAGUAUUAUAACCCAGAGAGUACGAAGUGUUCUGGGUGACUUCAAUAUGAGUUGUGACGACACUGGUAAACUUAUACUAAAACCGACAAGACCUCCUCAUCCCCAUGAGACAUAAGAAAAAAAUUAAUUUUCUCCACGAGACAAGAAAAUUAAACAUUUAAAGACAAUAUUGUUUAUAAAAAAAAGGGUUCAGAUAUUAAUAUUUUUCUUCUUGUAAUUAUUUUUCGAUACUCAUUGUAAAAAUUGCAUAAUAUUAGCGACCGUAGUUCGAAAAAAAAUUUACUAUAAAUUUAAAUUAAUUAUUACAGUAUUUAUUUCAAUUAAUUGUUUCUUCAACGAACCUAAAGAAGAAGAAAUAUGAGUCAAAAGUAUACGUUAAAAAUCGUAUUCUGUCCUUAGUAAAUAAAUUUCAAAAAUGUACAGAAAAAAAAAUUAUUGUCAAUGAAAUAGUUUUAAGUAUUUUUUUCUUGACAAGAAAUGUAAAGCUAAGAGAGCAAAAGAAAUGUUGAAUAAAAAUUUCAUUUAUUGUAA